AUGCACACCGCGGAGUUGUCCCCGCCAGUGCGAAGUACCGCGGGACGCAACGCCACGCCUCCUUUGGUCGACCGCCACUUCAACGGUAAUGCCAGAAGUCACCGGUCAUUGCCGCAGAAACCGUCAUGUGCGGCAGCAUGGGCUUCGGCCGCGUCGUCGUCGUCGUCUUUCUCCUCCUCUUCUUCAGUGGGGGCCACCGACUGCUCGGUCGGGUCUCUUUCGCUGCGCCACUGUUUAGAUCUCCUGGUGCGGGUUCAAAAAACGCAGGCGGAGAGUGUGACGUUGCUCUCGGCCCUACGCGAGCGCCUCUUUCCUACAGUUAAACGCGGAGAUGAACCACGCCGUCUGCCUGCUGUUGCCCUGGACGACUUGGACCGCGAAGUCGUGCGGCUGCGUAUUUUUGAGGUGAAGCACUCCGGCCUCAACCCAAAGUUGUCUGAGGCCAUUGAGAGCGUCUUACUGCCGUUUCAGUCGUGCUUUCGAGAGGGGCCGGAGGAGUCCGUUGGGGGUGGGGCUUCUGGCAUGUGCUGGGAGCCCUGCGGCCGGGUCGCCUCGCUGCGGGAGCAGCUCAUGGGCCUCGCCCAAUUGCAGGAGGAGGCGAUCAACGCCCUGGGCACGCAGUUGUCGGAGCUGUUUGCGCCGUCGUCCGUCAAGGGUGGCACCCUGUACUACUACCCCGCCUUGACGACGGCGGAGGAUGCAGAGGAACAGGGCGGGACCCGCGAGCCGCGCCCACAUGCUGCGGCUUUGCGCUUUCUGGAGCAGCUGGAGGACGUGAUGGCGAGCAAGCAGCACAUCGUUGUCUGCCUGGCGGUGGCUCUGCGUGAGAUCUACGACCCCGUGGCCCCAGCCGCUGCUUCCUACUUUGAGGCCCUGCCUGGUGCCGCGGGCAGGGGCGGCGGGGGCGACGGUCUCAAUGUGUUUAUAAGGGGCGAUCCUGCGGCGGCGCGCGUGUCGGUUUCGCUUUCGCCGCCGAGCACUCUCCGUCCCUCCUGCUCGGCCCCUCGCGAGGAGUCGCCGCGGUCACCAACGGGUGAGCGCUGCGGACGAGCGUUGGAGCGGCUACUUCGCGGUGGUCAAGUGCAGGAGUGCCGCCGCCGCCGCAGCGGCAGCAGCCCCGAACCCGUGGAUGUUGACGUUGAAGUCUCGCCAUCGCCCAAGUCGCUCGGGUGUGAGAUGGUCGCCGUCAAACCCGCGUGUGGGGAGCCGCUGCAAGCGGAGCGGAAUUCGUAUAUUUAUCUGCGGCCGUCGUGCGAGAGUGAAGCUUCGCCUCGAAGCGGCAAUCCGCGUUCGCCCUCGCUCUGCACAGCGGAGACGGGAGAGGCGAGCGUCACGCCGCCACCGCCGCUGGCAAGGUGCCUUGAAAAACGGACACAGGAAGAGCAGCUGCAGCUCUCUCUGGACGCUCGCCCUUCACUGCGGCAGAGGGACGGCGGAGCUGCAGGGGACCCCGACGCCCACGACGCGUCACAGUCGCCGUCGGCGGCGACGCCCUCCCAGCUCGUGGGCAGUGACGUGCAUGGGAAUGCGACACCAAGCCAGGAGCCCGGGCCAAAUGAGCCCACACCCGCAGUCGCCGCGGAGAACGCACGACUAUUGCGGCUGCUGGAGGCGAAGGACAGACUGAUUAUUGGCAUGCAAGAGCGUCUGCUCGGCUCCGUGCCGUUGUUGGUUGAGCGGUUGGCGGCAAGCAACGCCAGUAGCGGCAGCAGCUGUUCGUGUCGUAGCCAAUGCCCCUCCACGCAUGCGGAUUCCGCGGACGAGGGACCACCACCACCACCACCGCAGAGGCGUAGCGCCUCCACCUCCACCUGUGGCCCAGAAAUUGUGGAUCGUGUCGAGGCGGCUCCAAAUGCGGGGCGAAGCGAGGACAGCGGGGAGAUUGCGCUGCUCAAAGAUAGGUUGGCAGCACGCAUGGAAGAUAACCACCAGCUGCGUGCUGCCUUAACGGAGAUGAAGGAAGAGAGGCGGCGGUGGAGGCGGGCGGCAAGGGAGCUGAAGGGGGAGAACGAGGCGUGGAGGAAGAGGGAAAGGGCGGCACGGGCGAGGUGUGAGCAGCUGGAAGAGGAUAUUAUCUUUUUAAAGAAGCGACUCUUGACAUCCGAGGGGGCGUUAAUGCUGGGCAGCGCGGCCGCCACACCUGUGGCGCAUAGUGAGGUGCCGUUGCUGCGUACGUCCGCAAGCCAUCACCGCAGCGCUGAGGUCAACUCGAAGCGUGCCAACAGAGACACGGGUGACUAUGCCUCGCCUUACGAGGCAGGCGGCUUGUUAGCAUCACCGACACGGAGUCGCAGUCGAACGCUGCCUCCGCCUUUGCAGGAUGAGGUGCCCGUGCCGCAUACUUCUGCCUCCCUGCAGGAGAAGCGAAACCAGCUGCUUGCGAAGCUUGGGAGGCGCACCGGGGCAGGCACGCUGCCGCAUGCAAAGACUACUUCUCCGGAGUCUGAGGAGCCGAUGGUGGUGGUGUCGCCGCUGACGGAGGAGCGCCUCCCAGCGGGGGGCGGCGCCGCACCAACGACGCCUCCGCCGCCUGCGGGCUCCUUUUCGGCGUCGCCGGGCGCAGUCCGCAUUGACCGGCGUUUGUCGCCGGAGUAUCAGUCACCGCAGGCGGAGCACGUUGGGGGCGGGCGGCUGUCGACGGCGGACGUCAACCGCAUCCUUGCGAGCGCGCGCGGGGUCUUGAGGUCGGUCGAUGCGGCACGCAACGGCCACCGCGGGGAGAUCUUCCCGGUGCCCGCCUCCUGCGCCUCCUCCGACUCGAUGUGGUCGGACUGCGACUCCGCCAGCUCCGGCGACCGGCACUGCGAACGCGGCGGGGGGGCCGCGCGCUACACCACCGCACCGGCGGAGCAGGCGCUGCUGCCGCCGCCGCGGCGCUCCAUCUCUCCCUGCUCAUCCCUCAGCUACUCCUCGGCGAGGAAGCGGGCGCGGCGGCCCCCUCGGCAGUGGGAGCAGCGUGAGACGCACACCGUGCAUGCGGCUGAGCCCAGGGCAGCCGCGUCAUCCUCGCCGCCGCUGUCGCUGUCGCCGCCGUCGCCGGUGCCGCGGCGGAAGGGCGGAAGGGGGAAGGCAACGCCUUCGCCAGGGGCGCAAGGCUCCACCAAGCCGCGUCCGCCGACCGCGCGGGAGACGCUCAUGCUGGAGCUGCGAGAUCAGCUUCACCUGCUGCAGACCCAACACGCUGGCGUUCUCACGCAGGAGGAGCAGCUUCAGCUGAAGCGGAUGCAGGUGGUUGCAGCCAUUCAGCGUCAGAGCGAUGGAGUGGGUGGCAGCAGCUCCGCAACGGCGGGCAGAAAGCGCCUUGCGUUGAAGGCGUUGCUCGAAAGGCUCGAUGUAACCCAAGAGAGGGUGCAACGGAAUGAGGCACGCCUUCGCGAGUACGUUGAGAUCGUAAAACGACAGUUGAAUACGUUAGUAGACGACCGCUUGUGA